AUGUGUGCCGAUUCCAGAGAUGCUCAUAUCACAGCCAGCUUUGAUACGCUAUGCCUGGCGACCAAGUCGUUAACGGAUCGCGAUUGGAUCUUCGAGAAUUUUGUGCCGAAAUUCUCGCAAUUUUUCCAGGAUCCGGCGAUGCAUGUGCGAAAGUCUGUCACCCAAAUUUUUGGUCGUCUCGGUAAUAUGUUUGGCCGGAAAUUCACCGAGAUGUUUCUGGUGCCGCAUUUGGCGAUGCUGUGUCAGGACUCGAAUUGGUCGGUACGAAAAUCGGCGUGUGACGCCUUCGUCGCUGUUGCCGAAUGCGCGUCACCCACGGUUCGGAAGACGGAACUGGCAUUGCUCUACAUGAUGUUGAUUAGUGAUAUUAGCAAAUGGGUCUCGUUUACCGCUUAUCAAAACUUGGGACCAUUCAUUGCGUUGUUCGCCGAUCCGACAAUCACCGGACUUGAGCUCGUCGAUGGCCACGUUCGACAUGUUGAUUCGCGCGAAUCGCACAAUCGCACGUUCACUAGCGAGCCGGAUGAGUUGGAUCGUUAUGGCAUUCUGCCGAAAGGAACCAAACUAGUUAUACGCCAGCGGGAUUAUGAAGCGCACCGAAAGCGAGAAGAAGCCGCUGUCAAAGAAGUUGCCGAAGCGAAAGAGAGGGCGAAACGCGGCGAACGAGUGAUGGACAGUGUCAUAUCGGGCAUCAACAAGAUGUUGAGCCCGUUUGAGCGAAGCAGUCCGUCGCAGAACGGCGACGGCAAACGAUCGCCGUUGUCGUUGAAGGGAGCGGUCAGUUUGAUGGAUAAAUGGAGUCGACGAGGACAACAAAAAUCGAUCGAAUCAUCGGAUGCGUCGUCGCCGCCGCCGCCGCCGCCGCCGCUCGCCGAUGGAAUCGCGGCCAAGCGUCUCGGCGCGUUGCCGUCGUCGCCGAAACGCGUGUCGCCGAAAAAGGCGAUGAAGGCGACGCGUCGCGAGUUUGUGUUCGAUUCGCCGACGUCGCCGACGUCGCCGCCGCCGUCGGACGACGAGAAUCGCGAGCGGGAUGAUGAACGCCAACAGUACAUGUCGACGUCGACGCCUGGCUUCAAUGAGGAGGAGCACGUGGCGAUAAGCGACGAUGAGGAUGAUUUGAAUCAGUCGUUUGUUGAACGCGAUGUCGAGCAGUCGAAGGAAGAGCGCGAGAAGAGCGAUGAGCUCGACGAGAAUCAGUUCUCAUCGUUGUCCUAUUGGAAUGCCGAUUGUGGAAUUGAGUGCGGAUUGUUUGGUUUACUCGAAAACGUGAAUGUGGUUUGCAGUUGCGCCGUCGACGAACUCCAGCCAUUCGGCUCAUCGCCUCCAUCGCGACCGUACGUGAGCACCAGCUAUCUCGAGAGUCGUCUUGACGUGACGAAAGUUCGAUCGCCGCGAUCGCGCAACCAUUCGCUCGGCUCGUCGUCGUCGCCAUCAUCGUCGUUGCGUUCGUCGCCGCGACGUCACACGACCGAAACCGCGACGCUGAACACCGACGAGAAGGAGAAGCUCGGAAUUCUCGACAUUGACGAGAUGUCGAUGUCGUCAACGUCGUCGUCGUCGUCGGACGACGACGACGUUGCGGUGACGUCGCCAACGGUGAACAGCGAUGUCUAUCGACACGUGCCGAGGGAUCUCGUUGAGUAUUACAUUCGUGUGGUGUCGCCAAUGAGUGGCGCGUGUGCGCCAAGCGCCGCCGCCGAUCCGGCGUUGUGUUUGGACGUCUAUCGGCAUUGCGCGUUCAAUUUUCCGGCGGUGUGCUUCACACUGGGCAAAGCGGCGUGGCCGCGAUUGCGCGGCGUGUUUGUGAAGUUGUCGCAAGACGAGCAGCCGAAAGUGCGUCAAUCGAUCGCCUACUCGAUUCACGACGUCGCGACAAUCAUCGGCCAGGAGCACACCGACGUCGAUUUGUUGCCGGUGUUUUUCGCGCUUCGCGUCGAUCAGUGUUCGGACGUUCGAAAAGGGAUUCUAUCGAACAUGUUCGAGUUUGUCAAGAUGCUCUCCGACGAGAAACGCGCCGAAAUCAUUCUCUCGUUGCCGCAAUUCUUUCCGGUUGGCGCUCAGCCCGGAAAUCAGUCGCAGAACAGCGAUUGGCGCUCGCGAUUUUUGCUCAUCUCGCAAUUAUCGAAAUUGUGCCAAUUGUACAGUGUGAACGACAUCAAUGUUCACAUGUCGGGAAUUGCGCUAACUCUGGCCGAUGAUCGCGUCGCCGAGGUUCGCCGCGAGGCCGUGAAAUUCGUGUCGACGAUCGUCGGCGUGCUCGUCGCUCAUGAAUGGCGCGAGAUUUGCGAGCGGCGCGGUCUCGACGCGACGACGACGAGCACGAACGAGGCGAUCGCGAAACGGGAGGAGAAAGGCGAGCCGUCGAGCAGCAAAUAUUUGUCGGAGCAGUUCGUCGACGACAUUGUGACGAGUUUCGCGAAAACGCAAAAAUGGACGAGGCGGCAGACCUUCUGCUUCAUUUGUCACGAGAUGUUGGAAGGCGGUCAUUGCGAUCUUCUCCAAUUCAACUAUUUCUUCGCCGGAACCCUUCGGAAGCUCAUCAACGAUAAAGUGGCGAAUGUCCGUUUGGCCGCCUGCGACGCGGCUCAUCAAUGGAAACGCGUCGGCGAGAGUUGCGCGAUUCUCGAGCAGCUCGUCGAUGACGACGACAUCGACGUGUCGUUCGCCGCGCGCACCUUCAGCGGCAUGACGUCGGCGGAAUCGCCGAUUGAUAUUGGGCCGAGAACGACGAAAAUGCGUGAGCGCGAAGAGAAGUUCUUUGGCGAUUUGGUGGUGACAUAUGAGGGUGGUGGUGUCAAACGAAUUUUCGGACACGGCGAUCAACGCAAAGAAGUUUGGGUCAAGCAGCCCGAAGAGCCGAAAGCGGCGAUUGUUGAAGCAUCGCCGAAUACGAGUCAGAGUGAUGCGUUGAGCACAUUUCAAGCACCUUUGGAAACGUGUACGACGAGCGAUGAAGCGUUCAAUACGACGCUAGUCGACAAUACCGACGAAGUCGACAUGGAAGUCGAUGAGCCCGACGAGCAACCAACCGUCGACGCCUCGUCUCCGUCGUUGGCUCACGAUGAGGCGGCGGCGAUUGCGAAGAAUUCCGAUGAUGAGACGAUACCGGCGGAUCCGGCGCCGACGGCUGAAAUGGAAGAGCUCGACGACUCGUCGGAAGCCUAA